CACCCAUCCAUCCAUCCACCUAUCCAUCCACCUAUCCAUCCAUCCACCCAUCCAUCCAUCCAUCCAUCUAUCCAUCCAUCCAUCCAUCCAUACACCCACCCAACCAUCCAUCCAUCUAUCCAUCCAUCUAUCCAUCCAUCCAUCCAUCCAUCCAUCCAUCCACCCACCCACCCAUCCACCCACCCAUCCAUCUGUCCAUCCAUCUAUCCAUCAUCCAUUCAUCCAUCCAUACAUCCACCCACCCAUCCACUCACCCAUCCAUCCCUCUGUCCAUCCAUCUAUCCAUCAUCCACCCAUCCAUCCAUCCACCCAUCCAUCCAUCCAUCCAUCUAUCCAUCCAUCUAUCCAUCCACCCAUCCAUCCAUCCACCCACUCAUCCACCCACCCAUCCAUCUAUCCAUCCAUCCAUCUGUCCAUCCAUUUAUCCUCCACCUACCCAUCUAUCCAUCCAUCCACAAUCCAUCCUCCCAUCCCUCUAUCCAUCCAUCCAUCCAUCCAUCCAUCCAUCCAUCCACCUACCCAUCUAUCCAUCCAUCCACAAUCCAUCCUCCCAUCCCUCUAUCCAUCCAUCCAUCCAUCCAUCCAUCCAUCCAUCCAUCCAUCCACCUACCCAUCUAUCCAUCCAUCCACAAUCCAUCCUCCCAUCCCUCUAUCCAUCCAUCCAUCCAUCCAUCCAUCCAUCCAUCCAUCUAU